AGCUUUGGAACUUAAAGGAUUCUUGGGGAGCAACGAGGCCGGAGCGGCAAAAGAAGGAAGGAGGAGCAAACUUGCUACACAUCCAAUUCCCUAUCCUCCCCACCCAUCCCCGUAACAGCGCCACUGGGACUCCAGAUCCCCCCACCCUGCGGCUGCUUUUGGGAAAUCCUUUGAUUUCCUCUCUCUUUUUCUCUCAUGUGCAUCGCGGGAAGAGCAACGUGGGGGUCUCGCUGAGGAGGCGAGGAACUGCAGCGUUCCAGCGGGGUUUCCUAACUUUGCAGAUUAUGCUCCCGGGCAUCGACAGCAGUACACCCUUGCUCCACGUUUCCCCGGGAAGUGGACCUCGACUCAAACAGCCGUUUUGUAAAUUAAGCUUUGACUCCGACAAUGAGAAAAAAGAUGCUGAUCCUUGCCGUGCUCCAUGCCAUUCUUUUUGCUUCAACUCAAGUUAAGGCUCAGAAAAGAGAGAGAGUGAUCUGCACCAAUGUCUAUACAGCUGAUGUUGUACUUCUGGUGGAUGGCUCAUCUAGCAUCGGAAGAGCCAACUUUCGCCUGGUCCAAGCCUUCAUGGAGGGACUAGUUGUGCCUUUUGUUAAUGUGGUGAGCGAGAAUGGGGUGCGUUUUGGACUUGUCCAGUACAGUGAUGAUCCCAGGAUUGAGUUCACAUUUUCCAAGUACCUCAAUGGAACAGAGGUGUUGAGGGCUAUCAGAGAGCUGAGCUACAAGGGCGGGAACACACGCACAGGUGCAGGCCUUCGUUAUGUAGCAGAUAACUUCUUUGGAGCCAAUCAGAUCCGGCCUGAUGUUCCAAAGAUUUGUAUCCUAAUCACAGAUGGCAAAUCUCAGGAUGAUGUGGAGCAGGCAGUGGUGAAGCUGAAGGCUCAAGAUAUUAAAGUCUUUGCUGUGGGCAUCAAGAAUGCAGACACCAAAGAGCUCCAAAAGGUGGCCUCCACACCCACUGAGGAUUACUUCUUUUUUGUCACUGAUUUUAAAAUCCUGAGAACUCUGCUGCCUCUAAUGUCACGGAAGGUGUGUGCCAGCACAGGGGGCAUUCUACAGACAACAGAUACACAGGCUUACAGUGGCCCCACAAACCUGGUCUUUGUGGUUCAGGGGACAGACAUGCUGAGGAUCCGCUGGACUGCUGCUGGCGGUCCCGUAACUGGCUAUAAAGUUCAGUAUGUACCUCUCACAGGCUUGGGGCAACCAAUAGCAGCAGAGAGACAGGAGGUCAGUUUGGGCGCUGGUGAGACAAGUGCUGUGCUGCGUGGUUUGAGGGGAGCGACAGAAUAUCUGGUCACCAUUAUUGCUCAGUAUGCCAACAGCAUUGGAGAAUCAAUUUCUGGCAGAGGACGCACCCAGAUCUUGUCUGGAGUCACAAAUUUUCGGGUGGUGGAAGCUGGACCAUCGUUCCUUAGACUGUCCUGGGCAGCUGGCCCAGGUGGCAUACAGGGCUACAGGCUCACUUUUAUGGCUCGAGGUGAAACUCAAGGUGAGGAGAUGAGACUUGCGUCCAGUGCUACAUCUGCCCUGCUCAGCAAUCUUCGCCUUAACACUGACUAUGUGAUCACGCUGUACCCCAUCUAUCCACAGCAGACCAUAGCACCCUCUGUGAUUACUGGCCAAACAUUGAGUUUGGCAGGAGUUCAACAUCUGUCUGCCCAGAACAUUUCCUCUCAGAGCAUGCUGCUGUCUUGGCAGGGUGUGAGUGGAGCUACUGCGUAUCGUGUUACUUGGGGACUUCUCUCAGGUCAGGAUGUUCGGAGCAUUGAUGUGGACUCAAGCAAGAAUUCCUACUUGCUGACUGGACUGCAACCUGAAACGGAGUACCUGGUAACUGUUGCUCCAAUUUAUGGACAGCUGGAAGGGCCCAAAGCCUCCAUCAGGAAGAGAACUGAUAUAAUCCAGUUUCUGAGGACCAUCACUGUAGGUCCAACGUCCAUCCAGUUGGCCUGGAAAAUCAUCCCCAAUGCCCGGGGCUAUCGGCUGGAGUGGAGAAAGGCAGUAGGUGUGGAUGCAGCCAAGACUGUGUCCCUGUCUACCCGUGAGAACAGUUAUACUCUGACAGGCCUGCAGCCAGGCACAGAAUAUCACAUAACCCUCUACACCUUGUAUGAUGGCAAAGAGGUAGCGACUCCAGUUACCGUCUCACAGACUGGGGUAGAACCAUCAGUGGGCAGCAUCUCUGAUUUAAGGAUCACUGAGACCUUAGGAAACAGAGUCCGCCUGGCUUGGACAGGUGUUCCUGGCGCCACAGGCUAUAAGAUUGUGCUUCGCAAUUCCCAAGAUGGCACAGAGAGGAGUCAACAUAUUUUAGGUUCCCAGACCACUGUGGAACUGAAUGAUCUGAAAGAGGAUAUUAUCUAUGUCGUGCGUGUAUCAGCUCUUAUUGGCAGCCGUGAGGGUAGUGCCGUUCCUUUGAACAUCCGACUUCGUCCAACACUUGUAAGCAGCGUAUCAAACCUGCGUAUGGUGCCAGCUGGAUUGGGUCGCAUCCGACUUGUGUGGACCCCUAUCCCCAGGGCUACAGCUUAUAAGCUAGUGAUUGUCAACACUCAUGAUGGCACUGAGGAGACUAAACAAAUACCUGGUGAUCGAGGUUUCAUUGAACUGCAGGAUCUGAAGGAUGGAGUCAGAUACUUGGUGCGAAUGACAACACUGAUAGGCAGCCAGGAGAGUAGUCCUGCCACCAUUACUUUUCACAUGGAAAGCCCAUCUGUAGGCAGCAUCACCAACCUAAAGGCAACUGCAACUGGGCCCAGCCAGCUGCAGAUCACAUGGAAUGGAGUUCCUGGUGCUACUGGCUAUAAGGUGACCUGGCGACUGAGGGAUGGUCAAGAGAUCUCUCGCGUCGUGUCAGCUGAUGUAAACUCCUACACUAUUGAGGGUUUGAGGGUUGGGUCAGCCUACGUUAUUGGGGUCUCAGCCUUGGCUGGGAGUAGAGAAGGAAGUCCAGUCACCACCACAGCUUCAACAGCCCCUGACCAUGUGGGAACUGUCUCCAAUCUCAAGGUCCUUGAGUCCAGGAGCAAUGUGGUACGAGUCACGUGGGUUGGUGUACCAGGUGUUACAGCCUACAGAGUGAUGUGGAGUCGGCUUGAUGGUGGUGCUGCAAACAGCAAAUUACUCUCAGGGAGCACCAAUUCUUUUGACAUCCUCAACCUGGAAGGAGGAGUAAGCUACACUGUGAAAGUUACAGCGCUGAUUGGCAACCGUGAGGGAGAUCCUGUGUCUAUAACUGUUACUACACCAACAGUCCCAGCUCAACCAGUUGUAAAUCUGCGUGUGACUGACUCAUCAGAAAAGCGCAUCCAGCUAGCAUGGAGCCCUGUACCAGGUAGCACAGGCUAUCGAUUUACUUGGCGGCCCGUAGGUGGUGGACCAGAGAAAAGCCAGCUGCUGCCAGCUCGCAUCAAUACCUAUGAAAUUGAAGACUUGCAGCCAGGAAGGCGUUAUGAAUUCCACAUCACCAGCCUGACAGGCAAUCAGGAGAGUGAAGCUGUGGCCGUUGUUGCCAGCACUGUUUGCCAGGAUAUCCACAGCGAUAUAGCCUUUCUCAUACAUGCAACUCGAGACAAUGCUUACAACGCAGAGGCUGUGCGAACCUUCCUCUCCAAUACGAUAUCUUCACUGGGUCAGCUGGGCCCUAGCUCUACUCAGGUGAGCCUUGUAAUUUACAGCUAUCGUAGCCUUCCUGUACUCCUGUUCAAUCGUUCUGGUGAUCUCGCCACAGUUUUGCAGCAAAUACGAACACUGCGCUAUGAAGAGCCUAGUGGCAAUGCUAUUGGAGUGGCCAUAAACUUUGUCAAGAACUACGUUAUGAGUCCCAAUGCAGGCCGUAGACCAGGUGUGCCAGGAGUACUGGUAAUAUUGGCAGAUGGGCCAUCAAGUGAUGAAGCUAUUCAGCAGGCCCAGGAGAUCAAGGCAGCAGGGAUUCAUGUGCUGGCAGUGGGCAUGGAUGGGGCUGCUCGUGAACAGCUGCGCCGCCUGGUAACUGAUGAAGACCCACGGCACGUUUUCUUUGUGAGAGACUCAAGCAGCCUGUCAGAGUUGGAGGGACCGCUUGCCAGUGCCCUCUGCAGGGCACCUACCACAGACGGGUCUAGACCAGAGCCUUGUGCAGUACGCUGUCCCAAGGGCGAGAAAGGGGAGCCUGGUGAGAGUGGGCGGAAUGGACGCAUAGGACUUCCUGGUCCCCCUGGAGAACCGGGACGGAAUGGAAUCCCAGGCUCUCCAGGUCCAGUGGGACCUCGGGGUCCACCAGGUGAUAUCAUUGAGAGGCCAGGUGUGAAGGGAGACCGGGGAUUUCCAGGAGCAGAUGGUAUACCAGGGAAUCCUGGCCGUCCUGGUAAUCCUGGUUCUUCUGGCCAACCAGGCGGCACUGGCCUUCCUGGUCUCAAGGGAAACCCUGGGGAUCGUGGCCUAAUUGGUCCCAUUGGGCUAAAGGGAGAGAAAGGUGAGCGGGGGGAGCCUGGAGUGGUUGUAGAUGGAGAAGGUGGACUUCCUGGCCAGAAGGGGGAACCUGGCAGUCCGGGAAACCCUGGAAUAACUGGAAGUCCUGGACCCCGCGGACCAGUUGGUUAUCCUGGGCCUCUUGGACCUCCUGGAGCACCAGGACCUUCUGGCGAAUCUGUUAAGGGAGACAAGGGCGACCGAGGUGAGCGAGGUCCUCCUGGACAUGGCGACGGAACAGUGCUUACAGGAGAACCAGGCAUCCCUGGUAUACCUGGUGAUCCUGGACCCAGAGGACCUCCUGGACUUUCAGGACAGAAGGGAGAAAAGGGGGAUGGAGAAGAAGGUUUUCCUGGACCACCUGGCCGCCCUGGAGACCCAGGAGACCGGGGCCCUAGAGGACCUCAAGGUGAACAAGGAAGCAAGGGAGACCGUGGGCAGCCUGGUGAGGUUGGACCACCUGGAGAGAAGGGAGAUCGUGGAUCCCCUGGCUCUGAAGGCGAGAAGGGAGAGCAAGGUCCAUCAGGCCGCUCUGGUCCCCCAGGCAGAGAUGGCUUGUCAGGACCACCUGGUUCCCCAGGACAAAAGGGAGAGCCUGGUGAACCUGGAAUUCCGGCUGCCGGCAUCUCAGGAAUUAAAGGGGACAAGGGGGAAAGAGGUCCUGUUGGACCAGAGGGACCAUCUGGACCCAGUGGAGAGCCUGGAAGCAAAGGAGAGCGUGGUUCUCCUGGAUUAAGUCUCCCUGGCAUACCUGGCCCCAAAGGAGAACAAGGGGAAAGAGGGAUUGUUGGACUUUCUGGCAAAACAGGACCAAAGGGUGACCCUGGAGAACCAGGUGAGAGAGGAGAGCCAGGAAGAUCAGGGCUGCCUGGACCAAGUGGUCUGCGAGGAAAAGAGGGUGAAAAGGGUAACGGAGGCGAAGAAGGAGCUCCAGGCGAGCCAGGUACACCUGGCAAACCUGGAGAAAGAGGUCCAAGGGGUCUGCCAGGAAAUCGAGGGCUCCCUGGUGAGAAGGGGGACCAGGGGGACCCUGGUGAAGAUGGAAGAAACGGUAGUCCUGGAGCAUCAGGCUCAAAGGGUGACCGAGGGGAUCCUGGGCAACCUGGACCACCAGGCCCAACAGUCAGUGUAGGAAAUGGAAUAGGAGGACAGAAAGGCGAGAAGGGAGACCCAGGAGACCCUGGAGAGGAUGGGAUGAAAGGUGUGAGAGGAGAAAUUGGAUUACCUGGCCAGCCUGGAGAAAGGGGAAUUGAAGGCCCCAGAGGACCCACUGGAGUCCGUGGUGACCCAGGAGACCGAGGUGCUGUAGGAGAAAAGGGUGAUCGAGGACCUCCAGGUCUGGAUGGUCGAAAUGGGAUAGAUGGAAAACCUGGGCAAAUUGGGCCUGCAGGACAAAGGGGUGACCCAGGAAAACAGGGUGACCCAGGCAGAGAUGGACUACCUGGUCUGCGUGGUGAACAGGGGCCUCCUGGACCAAUUGGUCUGCCGGGGCCUACAGGGUUGCCUGGUAAGACUGGUGAAGAUGGCAAACCCGGGCUAAAUGGGAAGAAUGGUGAAGAUGGGACACCAGGAGAAGAUGGCAGGAAGGGGGAUAAAGGUGAAGCUGGAGAGUCUGGCAGAGAUGGUCGGGAAGGUCUUAAAGGAGAACGAGGGAGCAGUGGUCCCCCAGGGCCACCAGGGGCACCAGGUGUGCCUGGUGUACCUGGGCAAGUGGGUCCACCAGGCCAGGGCCUCCCAGGUCUCCCUGGAACAUCAGGACAAAAGGGUGACAGAGGAGAGACUGGAUCCAAAGGAGAGCUGGGGAGACCUGGGGAUCCUGGACCACGAGGUGAACCUGGAACAACGCCAAAUGUUGAACGUGCUCUAGAUGCCUAUGGUAUUAAGAUUUCUUUAUUGCGGGAGAUCACUGGUGCCUAUGAUGGGAGUUCUGAUCAAUUCUUGCCUGUUCCUGAUCGUCGAAAGGGCCAGAAAGGUGACAGAGGGGAUCCAGGAGAAAGGGGUCUACCAGGCAAAGAGGGUAUCAUUGGAUUCCCUGGAGAGAGAGGACCAAAGGGAGAUACAGGAAGCCAAGGUCCACCUGGCCCACAAGGUCCAAUAGUACGAGCCAUUGGAGAGCGGGGACCAGAAGGGUCACCAGGCCAACCAGGAGAGCCUGGGAAACCUGGAAUUCCAGGAGUACCAGGCCGGGCUGGAGAACUUGGAGAAGCUGGGAGACCUGGAGAGAAGGGUGAUCGUGGUGAGAAAGGUGAUCGAGGAGAGCAGGGUAGAGAUGGCUUACAAGGCCCUCCAGGGCCACCAGGACCCAAAAUGGACAUCAUGGACGGGAUCCUCACUGGGCUUCCAGGGGAACGAGGACCUGCAGGACCCAAGGGAACCAAGGGAGAAGCAGGACAAGAUGGCGAGAAAGGCUCUAGAGGCGAUAAGGGUGAAGCAGGGCCAAAAGGAGAGAGAGGUGAAGCUGGUGAAAAAGGCAGAGAUGGCAAUUCUGGCAUUCCAGGAGAAAGAGGCCUUCCAGGCCCUGAAGGGAAAUCGGGCUUGCCAGGCUUUCCCGGAAUUUUGGGCAGACCGGGUAAUCCAGGUGACCCUGGACCAUCAGGCCCUCCUGGUCCUGUUGGGCCUCCAGGCACUCAAGGCCCACCAGGAAUAAAGGGAGAUGCAGGGGAGCCUGGUUCUAGCAUCAGGGGUCUACCAGGUCCCCAAGGAAAUGUUGGACCACCAGGACCACCAGGUCCACUGGGCCUUGUGGGACCUCAAGGGCCUCCAGGAUUGUCAGGACAAGUGGGUGAACCAGGGAAGCCAGGUAUACCAGGGAGAGAUGGAGUCCCGGGUAAAGAAGGGGAACCUGGAUUGCCUGGGAAAGUGGGGAUGCCAGGACCUGUGGGAGCUGCUGUGGACCCAGUGCAAAGGAUGACCUGGGGAUGCAAGAUUUGGGAGAGACUGUUGUGGGAUCUCCUGGUGAGAAAGGCGAGAAGGGUGCACCAGGUGAUUUUGAUGUCGAGCAGCUGGGGAAGCCAGGUUCCAAAGGUGAUCGAGGUCUACCAGGCCCCCGAGGAGAGAAGGGGGCACCUGGAGACCAGGGGGAACCUGGAGAUCCUGGAGAGGAUGGAGCCAAAGGAUCACCUGGGAUCAGAGGAGAAAAGGGUUCAUCUGGGGUUGGCCUACAAGGACCUCCAGGACAGAUUGGCCCUCCAGGUUUGAAGGGAGACCCUGGUUUACCUGGCCCACCAGGACCUCCUGGUUUAGCUGGAGUGGCAGGGACCCCAGGCCAGCCAGGCCUGAGAGGAGAAAAUGGACUGACUGGUGCACCAGGACCUGCAGGAGAGCGGG